AUGGGCCUCCUAGCCUUGGGAACAGCCCUCGAUUGGCCCGAUGCUAAGAAGCGCGCUCCUCAAGUCAGAGAAUGGGGUAUCAAGCAACUUCUAGAGAUAUGGAACAAGGCCAAAGGAAAGGAGCGCGAUGCUCUCCUCUGGGGCGACGAGGUCGAGUAUCUUGUGGUAGUUUACUCAGAGGAUAACCAGCGAGUGCUGUUGUCUCUUCGUCAAGCAGAGAUUCUUGAGGCGUUGGCUACUGAUAAGGAACUGGAAAAGCAAGGUGGUUGUGUCCCAGAUCUUCAAGACGUGGACACAGCAAGCGCGAAGAAAAAAGAGAGGACGAUCCCCGUCUUUCACCCUGAGUUUGGACGCUUCAUGCUGGAAGCGACCCCAGGAAAGCCUUGGGGCAUCGGCUUCAGGGAGCUACUCGACGUGGAACCAGACAUGAAGUUGCGGAGAAAGAUCGCCAAAGAGCACAUGCUUUCAACUGAAUAUCCCAUCACACUCACGACAUACCCUCAAAUCGGCGUUCCCGGACAAUUCACCGAUCCCUACUUUCCGCCCUCAGGACCGCGCCUCCGCUCUCAGUUUGUCCCGGAUGAGAUCGCCAACCCCCAUAUCAGAUUCCCAACUCUAGCCGCAAACAUACGAUCUCGACGGGGCCGCAAGGUUCAGGUCAAUGUUCCCAUCUAUCACGACAAGAACACACCAAGACCCUGGAAGGAUCCUACCGUGGACUUUGAGAAGCAUGACUGGCCCGAAGACGAUGAUGUACGAAAUGGAGCUGCCCCUGACGACUUCAUACAUAUGGAUGCCAUGGCUUUCGGAAUGGGUAGUUGUUGUCUCCAGAUCACUUUCCAGGCCAAGAACAUCACCGAAGGAAGAAUGCUCUAUGAUCAGCUGAGCCCGCUUGGUCCUAUCAUGCUCGCAUUGACUGCUGCUACGCCUGUGUAUAAGGGGUUCCUUGCCAACACCGACGUGCGGUGGAAUCAGAUCAGCCGCUCCGUGGACUGCAGAACCCCCGAGGAGUUGGGAGAAAAGCCCCUCACAGAAGGCGUCCGAAGGAUACCAAAGUCACGAUACGCCUCCAACUCAACAUAUAUUGCCAUAGACCCUCGGUUGAGGAACGAGUACCUCGAUCCUGACCUGGUCUACGACUCUGACAUCAAGCGUCAGCUUCUCGAAGGAGGCAUGGAUGAUCGACUGGCCACUCACUUCGCUCACCUUUUCAUCCGAGACCCCAUCGUUGUCUUUGAGGAGGACCUCCAAGAGUUGGACCUCAGCAAGACUGACCACUUUGAGAACAUUCAGUCAACUAACUGGCAGCACAUGCGUUUCAAGCCCCCGCCUGCUGAUAACAGUAUCGGCUGGCGAGUCGAGUUCCGCUCCAUGGAGAUUCAGAUCACGGAUUUCGAGAACGCGGCUUUCUCUGUCUUUAUGGUCUUGGUCACACGUGCAAUCCUGUCAUUUGACCUCAACUUUUACAUUCCUAUCAAGAAGGUCGAUGAAAACAUGGAGCGUGCACACGCAGUUGAUGCUGUUCUGAAGGAGAAGUUCUACUUCCGGCGCAACCCUUUCCCUAGCCGCCCCUCGAGAGCCAACACCACCUUUGGUGACGAAAGCCGACCAGGCUCAGCACAUCCUAGUCGGCCAGCAUCACCUGGAGGCCCAGUGGAGCACGAAUUUGAGGAGAUGACAGUGAAUGAUAUUAUCAACGGCUCGGAGUCGGGAGAAUUUCCCGGCUUGAUUCCCAUUGUCGAGAGCUAUCUUGACAGCGUCAACGUUGACGUAUCGACUCGAUGUCAUCUGUCUACAUAUCUCGAUCUGAUUUCGCAGCGAGCUUCAGGAAAUCUUGACACAACAGCCAGAUGGAUCCGCAACUUCAUUGACGUGCACCCCAGUUACAAGCAUGACAGCGUUGUCAACGACGAGAUCAACCAUGAUCUUAUCGGCGCCGUGAUUGCCAUCGGAGAGCGGGAGACGGCCGGGCGUGACUUUGCGGGUCUCGGGAUCCACGGCCUAGAGCGUUUGCUGAACGGCUUCCGUGGAGGAUGCGGCGGUUCAAGCACAGCACCCAACGGAGAGACCAACGGAGCACAGGCGGAUGCCACUAACGGGUCACUGAAGCGCAAGAGCGAGUGGAUCGAAGGCCAGGAGACUGAGUCAUGA